AUGUAUGGCCAGGAUAGAGAUGAGUCAUUCAAUUGUCGUGUAUCUACAUUGCUUUAUGAAAACAAACUAGUAUUUACAUUUCCUUCAAUCCUUGGACUAGUUUAUGCAGCUCCUACUACUCCUGUAAAUAAGAAUUGCUUCUCUCUUACAUCUCCUACUAAUGGAACCACUUGGAAACGCUCUGGAGUCUACCCUAUUAACUGGAAGACUACUAGCAAAUGCGAAGGCACAUAUUAUGUAUAUAUGUUCCCAACAACUCAAGGAGCAGAUGGCGAAUAUUCUAUGAAAACCCCUUUCAAGGCAACUAAAGCAGUUGAUAUAAAUUCCGAAAGUGCUACUAUAACUCUCCAUCUAGAAGAGAUGUCUGGUACCUAUCUCCUUGCCAUUUACAAGGAAGCAGGGGAAGAUCGUGACAGUACCGAUGUAGCUAUUGUCGAUGUUACUCUAUAA